UAAGAAGUGAAAAAAAAAAAAAAAAAAAACCACAAGAAAUUAAAAAAAGAAAGAAAGAAAAGCUUCUUACAUGGAUUUCUCUUUCUGAUUUCAUCGAUAUUCUUCUGAUUUUGUAUUUCCUUCCAGUCUUCGAUUCUUCCAACUCGCCAGUUUGAAUCGGGUGCGUUUCUGCCGAUUGUUUCCCCGCAGGUUCUUCAACAUUCAAUUCUCGACUUUCUGUUUGGAGGAGAGGAGGUUCUUCUUCUUCUGUUCUUUUACCAGUCUCUUACCAAUAUAUAAUUGGUCAUUAAGAUUUUAGUUCCUUGGAUCUACGAGGUUGGUUGUUGUAUUCAAUUCGCGAUGAAUUUGGUACUGGAUGAAUGUAGUUUUUGCUCGUGUUCCAUGUGUAGAUUCUUCUGCAGUUUCUGCUUUCGGUGUUUGUUUGUUUUGUGAGUGAUUGAUUUAUUCUCUUCCGACGCAGAUUUUGAUUAUCUCGAUUUUAAUACUGAGAUUCGAGUGAUAAAUGGCAUCAAUGGUCGCUAAGCCGAGUUGUCCUGCUACUAGCAACCAUGGGCCUUCUUCAGUGCUUGUCCAGGAAAAAGGAAGUAGGAAUAAGAGGAAAUACCGAGCAGAUCCACCUUUAGGGGACCUGAAUAAGAUCACAUCUUCAUCUCAAGAUGAAUGUCCGAGUUAUGAUUUUUCAGCUGAGAAAUUUGAGAUUAGUUCAAGUCUGGGGCAAAUCGGUGCGUGUGACCUGUGUAGCAUUAGUCAAGAAUUUUCUGCUGGAUUGAAACUCGAUCUCGGAUUGUCCAAUGGAGGCUCUCCUGACAUUGGGAUAGACUGGCCAAGAGGGGAACUGGAAGUUGAUGAGUUCCAAGAUGUUGAUUGGAGUGACCUUACAGAAGCUCAGCUGGUAGAACUAAUUUUAUGCAAUUUAGACACAAUAUUCAAGGCUGCAAUCAAGAAAGUUGUUGCUUCUGGAUUCACUGAAGAGGUUGCUAUAAAAGCCGUCUCAAGGUCUGGCAUUUGUUUUGGUUGUAAAGAUAUCAUGUCGAAUGUAGUGGACAAUACCUUAGCUUUCCUUAGAAGUGGCCAAGAAAUUGAUCAAUCUAGGGAACACUAUUUUGAGGAUUUACAGCAACUAGAAAAAUAUAUUUUAGCUGAAUUAGUUUGUGUUCUACGAGAGGUUAGGCCUUACUUCAGCACUGGCGAUGCAAUGUGGUGCUUAUUGGUCAGUGACAUGAGUGUAUCUCAUGCAUGUACAAUGGAUAGUGACCCGUCUAACGCAGUUGUCUGCGAUGGGAGUUCGAAUGAGGGUUCAACUAACUCUACCCCACAGUUAGAAGCAGAAGCCAAAAGCUCUGAGUUGAAUUUUCCUAAGCCUCUUAAGCCAAUUUCUCCAAUCAGCUGUGCUCAUAGUUCUCAAUCCGAUGGACCAGCCACUCUAGGAGCUCCUAAUCUUACUAAACCAAAGGACCCAUUAUUUACUAGUGUAUCAGUAUCAGAUAAAGAACUGCAAAAUUCUACCUCUGAUGUUGCUAGGGAAUCAUUUAAUGUGGGUGGAAACCCUCAAACUUCCGUGUCUGAAGAAAAAAUUGGGAGCAGCAGAAGGGUUCAUUCUAAUAUAAUGAAGAGAGAAUACAUGCUACGACAAAAGUCGCUUCAUGUGGAUAAAAACUUUCGAACAUAUGGACAGAAAGGCCCAUCAAGAGCUGGAAAGGUGACUGGUUUGGGGAGUUUGAUGUUGGAUAAGAAACUAAAGUCUGUUUCAGGCUCCACUGCAGUAAACUUUAAGAAUGCUUCGCUGAAAAUAAGCAAGGCUAUGGGAAUUGAUGUGGCCCAAGACAAUGGAAACCAUAAUCCUACCACCAUCGACAUUCCUUCUUCCUCUCUAUCAUUUAACUUGGAAAACAAUAAAACCGUUUCUCCUUUUUCUAAGAUCAAUGUACUAUCUUCAAUGCCUGCACCUAGUUCACCACUUGCAUUACCAGCUACUAAUACUUCUUCUGCGCUACCAGCAGCUGAAACUGAUCUUUCUCUUUCUUUGCCCACUAAAAGCAAUGAGCCCUCGGUGCCUAUCAGCUGCAAUGCUGAGCCUUCUACUAGUAGUUUUGUUGAGAAGCCUUAUGAAAAGUCCCUUGGGCAGUGGUUUCCUAAGGAUAAGAAGGAUGAGAUGGUUUUGAAAUUAGUACCAAGAGCUCGGGAAUUACAAAGUCAGUUGCAAGAGUGGAUGGAGUGGGCCAAUCAAAAGGUCAUGCAGGCUGCAAGGAGGCUAAGUAAGGACAAGGCUGAACUAAAGACUUUGAAACAAGAAAAGGAGGAAGUUGAACGGCUGAAAAAGGAGAAACAGACUUUGGAGGAAAAUACCAAGAAGAAGCUUUCCGAGAUGGAACAUGCAUUGUGCAAGGCUAGUGGGCAGGUUGAACUUGCUAACUCUGCUGUUAGAAGGCUUGAGGUGGAGAAUGCUGCUCUACGACAGGAGAUGGAGGUUGCAAAAUUACGGGCUACAGAAUCAGCAGCUACCUAUCAGGAGGUUUCUAAGAGGGAAAAGAAAACACUAGUGAACGUUCAAUCAUGGGAGAAGACGAAAAUGUUGUUUCAGGAAGAACACACAGUCGAAAAACGAAAAUUAAAACAACUAAUACAGGAACUUGAGCAGGCGAGGGAUGUCCAGGAACAACUGGAGGGUAGAGGGAAAAUGGAGGCGAGAGCAAAAGAUGAGCUGCUCAUGCAGGCUGCUUCAUUGAGAAAGGAGAGAGAACAAAUUGAAGCUUCAUUGAAAGCAAAGGAGGAUACAAUAAAAUUGAAAGCAGAAAACAAUCUUUUAAAGUACAAAAGCGAUAUCCAAAAGCUUGAAAAAGAAAUAUCUCAGUUGAGACUUAAGACAGAUUCUUCCAGAAUUGCUGCUCUUAAAAGGGGCAUCGACGGAAGUUAUGCCAGUAGGCUUAUAGAUACCAGAAACAGCACAGAUCACAACGAGUCCUGGACCCCGAAUGUCUCGGAAUCGAUGAAGGAUCUUUACGAGUACUCUGGAACUGGGAGUGUGAAGCGGGAACGGGAGUGUGUAAUGUGUCUUUCGGAGGAGAUGUCAGUAGUGUUUCUUCCAUGCGCCCAUCAGGUGGUGUGCACAACCUGCAAUGAACUACAUGAAAAACAAGGUAUGAAAGAUUGUCCUUCUUGUAGGAGCCUGAUACAGCGGCGUAUUCCAGUCCGUUAUACUCGCUCGUAAUCAGUUUUCGUGGUGAGUUGAGUUGAAUGUUUUUGAAUAAUGUUGUGGGACUCCUAUGGAAUGGAAUAAUGCAUAUGAAUUACCUUAUUACCAA